AGAUUUUUUUUUCAAAAAAGCAGAGUUAUGGAGUUUGGCAUGCGGCUUUCUUUCUUUCUUUCUUUCUUUUUUACAAAGAAGAUUGGGAAACUUGGGCUGGGAAGGGCUGGUGUUUGGUGACAUUCCAUCCUUAACUGAAUUACAGACUUUGUAGGUCUCUAUCUGAAGUUCACAUGGGAGUCAUUUCAAAACUAACUUGUUCAUUCUCCUCCAUUUAAGACAAUAUUCAUUUAUGUGAUUGUGCUGCUCAGAUUUAUAAAGUUUCAUUUAAAUCUAAGGCUUAAGUGAAACAUAUUAUCUUUACGCAUUAUAUACAAAAAGUUUAGUGGUGAUUAUAAUAGAGAACACGAAGAACAUGAUAGUCUGCUGUUUUGUCAGCUAAAUAUGCCUCCCUACCAAAGGUUCAAUAUUGACAUGGUUCAGUUCCCUCUCUUGUCUCGGUUGAAUGAUGCAUACGUUGAGCUGCCGCCAUUUCAAGAUGCGAUGCCAGAGAAGCAACCCGAUGCUCCUCCAUCAGUAGUCAGUUAACGAUGUCUUACUUUCAGCAACCGUAUGGGAUUCAAUGGAUCUUUUAAAUAGGUGGAGAUCCGAAGUAAGGCUGCAAAAUUUCGUAACUCUGCAGAAACUUGUGGAAGUGAUGGAAUAAAGUUGUAGACUAUAU